CAAGACAUGACAGAAGAAUUCGAAACCGCCGGAGUUUGUACCGAAACAUCAUGGAACUCAGCUAACAGCAUGUUCUUGGCCGGCUUCUCUCUGCCACGUUCCACUGAGAUUGCCAUCGAUACCGGCAGCUUUGAAUGGCAAAACAUUGACACUAUCGAUGUCAAAACCUAUAACGAGAGCUAUCAUAAUACUUCCACAUUCUUAAGUGAUACAAAUUUUGAUUCCAACUCACGAAUUUAUGUUUCGAGCCAAUUUAACCUUCAUGAAGAGGAAAAAUUCAAUCCGGUAAAUAGUUGUUUAAAAGGGUUGUUCGAUUAUAGUGAGCAACUACUGGUUCCUAAUUGUGCGAAACCAGACCUAUUCGAAAGCUUUCACUUAUUCGAUGACGUUUUCUUGAACGAAUCAAGAACUGUAUCAGUCUUUGAUCACGAGAUUAGAGAAAAAGCUGAGGAAGAAAUACAAGCCUGGCAGAGUCUAAUUACUUGCAAGGGAGCAAGUGAGAAAACAGAAGAACUCAAAGAUACUGAGUUAUCACCGGCACCGCCACUAAAAAGGCAAAGACUCGAGACACCAUCUCAGUUUCCGAGUUUCAAAGUUCGUAAAGAGAAACUCGGAGAUCGAAUCACCGCGCUUCAGCAGUUAGUUUCACCCUUUGGCAAGACAGACACUGCUUCUGUCCUCCACGAUGCUAUAGGGUACAUCAAGUUUCUUCAAGAACAAAUCAGUGUUUCGAUUAGUAAUCCACACCUGAACUCUAAAGGAUCUGGUGAACAAAAGCAGUGUUCAGACGAAUCAAAGAAUAAUACUUUUGAUGAAGAUUUUAGACCAAGACAAGAUCUUCGAAGCCUUGGUCUUUGUCUAGUGCCGAUUUCAAGUACUUUCUCCACCUCUCCGCGACAUUUUGAUGCAUCUAAUAUCUGGAAUUAA